GUGGCAGAGGGACGGAUCAGGAAGGGCUUCCUGGAGGAGACGGCUGUGUCUAUUUUGUUCUCAGCUGUUCCCCCAGCUUAGGUUGACCAACUCAUUCCAGUUUGCUGGGGACUAUCCUGGUUUCAGCAUCGGAAGUCUCAUGUCCCGGGGACCCCUCAGUUCUGGGCACAGUAGUCCUCUUUCCCCCCAUCCUUGGUAUGAGGCCAUAUCGGAAGGGCUCAAAAUGCCUGGAUGGCAGUGGCAUUUCAGGAAAGCUUAGAAGACGCAAGUGGCCGAAGAUUCAUGUGGCCGUGCCUCUCCUCCUGCGGGGUGCUGGGGAGACUGUGGUGAAUGAGGCAGGCCGCCCUUGGCCCUGGAGCUUCUGGGACGGUCGGUGGGUGGUGCAGGCAAUGUGCUUUGCUCUGUGCCCUGUGCAUACUGAGGGCGCUCAGUCAAAGGGGAGGCAAAAGAUAUGCCCAGGAUCACCGUGGCACUUAGAGCUAGGAUUUGAACUUGGUGGGUCCAGGAGAUGUUUUGGGGGCUUGGGGAUUGGGAGCUCAGUCCCAGAUGCCUCCCUCACUCUUGCCCUGUUACUUUGACCCCACCGCUUUCCAGAGCCGGGGGGAGGGGCACGGAAGUUUGAGAUUCAGGGCUUCUCUGUGGUCUCCCUGUUUCUUGCUCCUCCUGGACAGAGAUACUGACUCUGGUCCUCAGUGCUCUUGCCUGAAAAAUGGGAGGGGGCUGAACGUGCCGGUCUCUGAGGUGGAGAAGAGGUUUGGGGGUCUGGGACCCUUCUCCCUGGAGUCCCUGGCAGUCCACCCUGAGGUGGGGGCCCCAGAGAAGGCACUGAGAAAGGGCUGCCGUAGGGCUGGGCUGAGACCCCAGUCUAGCCGCACAUGCCUACGCGAAACGCUCCUCUGUGAGUGGAUUCGGGGAGGAGCGUUCAGGGAGCCUCCCUUCAGCCUGCCUCUAAAUGCAGCCAAUUGAGUGAGUGGGGGACACUUCCAGGGUGCAGGAGACAUGGCUAUGACACAUACCAGAUGUCCACAGCGUCAUCACCUGCAUUUCCAGUUCAGCAAUGUCACCUUCUUCAUCUUUGGGCCUCUCAUGAUGUUUCUGAUGUACCCCUAUGCCCAGAAACGCUCCCGCUGCAUUUAUAUCACUUGGAUCCUCUUUAUGGUCAUAGGCCUAUUCUCCAUGUAUUUCCACAUGACGCUUAGCCUCCUGGGCCAGCUGCUGGAUGAGAUUGCUAUCCUGUGGCUGCUGGCCAGUAGUUACAGCAUAUGGAUGCCUCGCUGUUACUUCCCCACUUUCCUAGGAGAGAACAGGCCCCGGUUCACCUGUCUGGUCCUCAUCACCACGGUGGUCAGCACCUUCCUGUCCUUCCUGAGACCUGUGAUCAACGCAUACGCUCUCAACAGCAUCGCUGUGCACAUCCUCUACAUCGUGUUCCAGGAGUAUAAGAAGACCAACAACGAGGAGCUUCGGCACAUAAUGGAGGUGUCUGUAGUGUUGUGGGCUUUCGCGCUGACCAGCUGGAUUAGUGACCGCGUGCUUUGCAGUUUCUGGCAAUGGAUUAACUUCUUUUACCUGCACAGCAUCUGGCAUGUGCUUAUCAGCAUCACCUUUCCUUAUGGCAUGGUUACCAUGGCCUUGGUGGACGCCAGGUAUGAGAUGCCAGGUCACACCCUCAAAGUCCGCUACUGGCCUCGGGACACGUGGCCCGUGGGGCUCCCCUACGUGGAAGUCAGUGAUGACAAGAACUGCUGAUGUCUGCCAGCUUCUUGACCAGCCAACCACCCGCCAAGUCAAGUCCCCUGUGUCUUGAGGAAGGAGGACUGGAUCGGGAGUCCGAGAGACACUCACGGUUCUUUCCUCUAGCUCCCUUUCCCCUUCCUCCUCGUCCUGCGCGGCCCCGCCCCAAGACAGGGGACCUUGCGACCCUUCCGUGCAGUAGUCUGAUGACCUGGGGGAGCUGCCCGGCAUAGGUCCACUCCACGACCCGCCCUUAUUCUCUUUCAGUUCCUCUUUUGUGUUCACUUUGUGAGGCUGGGUCCCCACGGGCUGCGAUCACCCGGCAUCCACUGCGAAUGGCCUCAGGCGGGGGCUUGGUCCCCGGGCAUCUCAUAAAUAGCGGUGGUCACUGCUGGACCUGUCCUCGGCCAUGCAAUGAGCUCGCGGUUUGUGACUUCGAGCCCCGCGUCGGGCUCCGUGCUGACAGCUCGGAGCCUGUUUCCGAUUCUGCGUCUCCCUCUCUCUCUGCCCCUCCCCCGCUCGUGCUCUGUCUCUCAAAAAUAAAUAAACAUUUAAAAGAAAUAUAAAGAGCACCAGGCUCAGAGUCGGGCAGAGCUAAGCUUGAAUCCUGCUCCGUGAUUUCCUAGUUGUCUCAUCUGGGGGAAGUGAUUUUUCCUACCUUUGAAACGGAAGCAUCUUGUCUGUAAUAUGAAAAUGUGCUUUGCA